GUGUCAUUGGCCGAUGAAUGUUCCUUGAAUACCUACUCAACUCACUCCGCGUCGGUAUCUCGGGCGGGUCGGUUGCUACCGCCGUCCUUUCGCGAGUGUUGUGCUUAUAAGUGUUGUGUGAGCUACGGUGAUACACCACUCCUACCACACAGAUUCGGGCAGCGCCCGGCCGCAGCGCGGCUACCCCAGUUUCGUUUUUGUUUCGUUACCCGCAUUUUCCUUUGAGUUGAAGUGCAGUGUUGUGAAGUGUCGAAGUGACGGUGCUAUGGCGUUGCCGGUGGCUCAUGUGGCCCUCACGGCGCUGGUUCUUAUGGGAUCAGUGCUAGCCGAGGAUGAAACGAUAGGUCCGAUCUUCAUGAAAGAACCUCCGAACCGAGUGGACUUUAGCAACACGACCGGCGCCGUAGUUGAAUGUGCCGCUCGAGGAUCCCCUACUCCUGACGUCAUCUGGGUCCGAUCUGAUGGUACCGCUGUGGGCGACGUGCCUGGCUUGCGACAGGUCCUGCCAAACGGCAACCUGGUGUUCCCGCCGUUCCGCGCCGAGGACUACCGCCAGGAGGUGCACGCGCAGGUCUACGCGUGCCUCGCGCGCAACCCCGUCGGCUCCAUCCACUCCCGCGACGUCAACGUGCGAGCUGUUGUCGCCCAGCAUUACGACACUGAUGUCAACAAGGAGUACGUCAUUAUGGGCAACAGCAUUGUGCUGAAAUGCCAGGUCCCGUCGUUCGUCGCCGACUUCGUAGAGGUUCUCUCGUGGCACACCGACGAUAACCAAGACUUCUUACCUGGCAACGACUACGAGGGAAAGUACUUAGUACUGCCGUCUGGAGAGCUACAUAUCAGAGAUGUCGGACCCGAGGAUGGAUAUAAAUCGUACCAAUGUCGCACGAAGCACAGGCUUACGGGAGAAACUCGACUUUCCGCUACUAAGGGACGUCUCGUCAUCACUGAACCGCUGGGCAGUGCUGCUCCCAAAGUGGCUAUGAAAAUGAUCGACAUCACAGAGGCGCAAUCCAAUAAUACUGUUACAUUGCUAUGCCCGGCUCAGUCUUUCCCUGUCCCAAUAUUCAGAUGGUACAAGUUUAUCGACGGCACAACGAGAAAGCAGCCAGUUACGCUGAACGACCGAGUGAAACAAGUAUCUGGAACUCUGAUUAUCAAAGAAGCCAAGGUCGAGGAUUCUGGAAAAUACCUGUGCGUGGUCAACAACUCUGUUGGUGGCGAAUCAGUGGAAACAGUACUAACAGUAACAGCUCCUCUCAAGACGACCGUGGAACCAGCUACGCAAACUGUCGAUUUUGGCAGACCCGCGGUAUUUACCUGCAAAUAUGAAGGCAACCCCGUCAAAACGAUCACCUGGCUCAAGGACGGCAAGGACAUGAAGCACCACGACCCUCAGCUCAGGAUCGAAUCAGUGAAGAAGGAGGACAAGGGAAUGUACCAGUGCUUCAUUAGGAACGACCAGGAAAGUGCAGGAGCUAGCGCCGAACUUAAACUUGGAGGACGAUUCGAACCCCCCCAAAUCCGCAAGAACUUCCAAGAGCAGACCCUCCGCUCCGGCCCAUCUCUACGUCUCCAAUGCGUCGCGUCCGGUAACCCCACUCCUGACAUCGCCUGGCUUUUGGACGGAGAGAAGUUAUCCAGUGGAGAACGCCUGCAGAUCGGACAGUUCGUUACCGCUGACGGCAACGUUGAGUCGCAUCUGAACAUCUCUUCUGUACACACUAAUGAUGGUGGAUUGUAUUCCUGCAUCGCUUCGAGCAAGGUUGGCAGCGCAUCGCACUCGGCCCGCGUGAACGUGUACGGCCUGCCGUACGUGCGGCCCAUGAAGAAACGGCCCGUCGUGGCCAGCGACACCCUGAUCGCUCACUGCCCCGUCGCCGGAUACCCCAUUGACUCUAUCGUGUGGGAGCGAGACGGACGCGUGCUGCCAAUCAACCGUAAACAGAAAGUAUUCCCGAACGGCACCCUGGUGAUCGAGAACGUGGAGCGCAACAGCGACCAGGCCACCUACACCUGCGUCGCCAAGAACAGCCAGGGCUAUAGCGCCCGGGGAACGCUAGAGCUGCAAGUCAUGGUUCUUCCUCAAGUGGCGCCCUUCGACUUCGGGGAGGACACGUAUAACGCGGGAGACACCGUGUCUCUAACGUGCACCAUCACUAAGGGCGAUAUGCCGAUCGAGAUAUCUUGGUUGUUUGACAACAAGCCCGGCGACUUACCUCUCAACAUUAAAUGGCAUUUCCAUGGUUACGACAAUGCUACUUCAGAACUCGGCAUCAUGACGACUAAAAUGACCUCGCGUACCUCAUUUCUAUCAAUCGCCGCCGCUACCGCCAGCCAUAGUGGCAACUAUACCUGCGUAGCUGCCAACAGCGCCGGCUCUACUAAUCAUACCACUAUCCUUAAUGUUCAUGUGCCCCCGCGCUGGAUCCUCGAGCCCACCGACAAGGCUUUUGCCCAGGGCUCGGACGCUAAGGUCGAAUGCAAAGCCGAUGGCUUCCCCAAGCCCCAGGUCACAUGGAAGAGGGCUGAAGGGGAUACGCCUGGCGAUUACAAAGACCUUAAGCCAAACAACCCUAAUGUAAAAGUAGAGGACGGAGCUCUGUCGAUUGCCAAUAUUCAGAAGACGAAUGAGGGUUAUUAUUUAUGUGAGGCUGUCAAUGGAAUCGGCUCAGGAUUAUCGGCUGUCAUUCUGAUCAGUGUACAAGCUCCUCCUCAAUUCGAAAUCAAAAUGAGGAACCAAACCGCCCGCAGAAGCGAGCCCGCUGUACUGCAAUGCCAAGCCAAGGGAGAAAAGCCCAUUGGAAUUAUCUGGAACAUGAAUAACAAACGUCUGGAGCCCAAAUCGGACCCCCGCUACACCAUCCGCGAAGAGAUCCUGCCCGGAGGAGUUGUUUCCGACCUGAGCAUCAGGAGGACCGAGCGAUCUGACAGCGCACUCUUCACCUGCGUGGCCACUAAUGCCUUUGGCUCUGAUGAUACUAGCAUCAACAUGAUUAUCCAAGAGGUACCCGAAGCUCCCUACGGCUUAAAAGUUCUGGACAAGUCCGGUCGCACCGUGCAGCUUUCCUGGGCAGCCCCGUACGAUGGCAACUCGCCUAUUAAGAAGUUCCUCAUUGAAUACAAGCGCGCCAAGGGAAGCUGGGAUAAAGAUAUUGACAGGGUACUGGUCCCCGGCGACUCGACCGAAGCCGGCGUGUUCAGCCUCCGCCCCGCUACCGCCUACCACAUCCGCAUCGUCGCUGAGAACGAGCUGGGCACCUCCGAACCCUCGGAAACCGUCACCAUCAUCACUGCUGAGGAGGCACCCACUGGCCCGCCACAAGACGUGAAGGUUGACGCUCAUGACAAGCACACCCUGCGAGUCACCUGGAAGCCUCCCCCAUCACAGGACUGGAACGGUGAACUACAGGGGUACUACGUUGGCUACAAACUGGCAUCAAGCAACAAGUCAUUCGUUUUCGAAACCGUCGACAUUUCCAAAGAAUCUGGCAAGGAGCACCACCUCGAUAUCAUGAAUCUGAAAACAUUCCACCAAUACGCCGUAGUAGUUCAGGCAUUCAACAAGAUGGGUUCCGGUCCCGUGUCACAGGAAGCCCGCGCGUACACCGCUGAAGGCGCACCCUCAGCCCCACCACAAGACGUUCUCUGCACCACUUUGACUGCGCAAACCAUCCGGGUCUCCUGGGUCUCACCACCUCUUGCGGCUGCCAACGGACUGAUUAAGGCUUACAAGGUCGUGUAUGGCCCCAGCGACACGUGGUACGAUGAGAAGACAAAGGACACCAAGAUCACGGCAAGCAGCGAGACUAUUCUCCACGGACUGAAGAAGUUCACGAACUACUCAAUGGAAGUGCUCGCGACGACCAACGGAGGCGAUGGCGUCCGAUCUGCACCCAUUCACUGCCAGACUGAACAAGACGUACCCGAGGCCCCUCGUGCGGUGAAGGCGCUAGUGAUGGGCCCGGACUCGAUCCUGGUGUCGUGGCGGGCGCCCGCGCAGCCUAACGGCGUCGUCACGCACUACAACGUUUACACGCAAGCGCAGAACGCUGAGCCGCAUCCUAACAAGGUACCUGCAUCACAGACCAGCUACUCGGCGACUGACUUAAAGGCCGGCCGGUACGACUUCUGGGUGACCGCUUCCACCAUCAUUGGCGAGGGACAGCCGUCGGGAACCGCCUCCUGCAGCCCUAGCGACAAAGUGCCCGCCAAGAUCGCCUCGUUCGACGAAUCGUUCACCGCCACGUACAAGGAAGAUGUGAAGCUGCCGUGCCUCGCUGUUGGAGUGCCGCCUCCCAAUAUUAUCUGGAAGAUCAAGGGUCAGCCUCUAGAAGCGUCCGAGCGCGUCCGUCAACUGCCCGAAGGCUCCCUACAGAUCGCCGGGGUAGCCCGCGAGGAUGCCGGAGAGUACUCUUGCCAUGUCGACAACCAGUUCGGAACGGACACCGUCACACACACACUCUCAGUUCUCGCCCCACCAUUCCCCCCGCAACUGAGCAUCGCUUCCUCCUCUGUGUCGUCGCUCACCCUUCGGCUGAAGCCCUCCGACAACGCGGACCAAUCCCCGGCUGCCGGCUACACCAUACACUACAAACAAGAGUUCGGAGAUUGGGAAACUGUACAGAUCCCAAGCAACACUGACACUUACACCUUGGAAAAUUUGUUCUGCGGCUCUAGAUACCAACUCUACGUUACGGCAUACAAUGGCAUCGGCACGGGCGAGGCGUCCGACGUGGUGAUCGCCCGCACCCGCGGCUCCAAGCCGCCCGUGCCGCGCGCCGCCGACUUCAUCGAGGUGGGCUCCUCCAGCGUCACCCUGCAUUUGAAACAGUGGCUGGACGGAGGCUGCCCCAUGAGCCACUUCGUCGUUGAGAACAAGAAGAAGGGAGCUGCUGAAUGGAAUCAGAUCUCGAACGCUGUGAAACCAGGCGGAAACUUCGUCGUUCUCGAUCUGGAGCCCGCGACGUGGUACGUGCUCCGCAUCACCGCGCACAACAACGCCGGGUUCAACGUCGCCGAGUACGAGUUCGCCACGCUCACCAUGACUGGCGGUACCGUCGCGCCUCUCCCAGGCAAUGCUGGUGAUGGAAAGGAGCUGCCGCCUUGGAUCAAAGCGUGGUUGGAGCCCGAGGUUUUGGUGCCGAUUCUGGCGACUAUAGUGGUGUUCGUAGUGGGGGUGGUGGUGAUUUGCCUGACGCUGGCUAGGAGGAACACGCCGCACCGCCUGCGAGGUCAGAAGGACGUGUACGACUACGACGCCGUGUACAACGCGUCGCAAGCGGCCAUGGGCGGCGGCGGCGGCACGCUGGACAAGCGCGGGGGGCUGCGCGACGAGCUCGGCUACAUCGCGCCCCCCAACCGCAAGCUGCCCCCCGUGCCCGGCUCCAACUACAACACUUGCGACCGCGUCAAGCGACAGGCUGUCAUCAUGAACGCGCACUCGACGUGGGAUCCGCGCCGGCACCACUACGAGCGCGUGCGCCGCGCACACCAGCGCCGCGGCUCCGGCGACACCAAUUCCACAGGUAUGGAGGACGAGAUCUGCCCGUACGCCACGUUCCACCUGCUGGGCUUCCGCGAGGAGAUGGACCCGAGCAAGGCGCUGGCGUUCCCGCACGCGCACGCGCACCCGCACGCCGGCACGCUCGCGCACCCGCACCCGCACCACCCCGCGCACUCCCGCGCCGGCAGCCAGAGCAUGCCUCGCGCCAACAGCCGCUACGCCCGCAAGAACUCCCAGGGAGGACAGAGCGCCAUCUACUCCACCGCCCCCGAGUACGACGACCCGGCCACCUGCGCUGAAGAGGACCAAUACCGCGCCCGCUACUCCCGACCGAUGUACGCCUGCGGCCCCGAGUACGACGAGCCCGCGUGCUGCCAGCCCGAGGACGAGCAGUACACCGGCGCCUACGGCACGCCCUACUCCGACCACUACGGCUCCCGGCCCAGCAUCGGAACCCGCAAGUGCGGCGGGUCGCCCGAGCCGCCGCCGCCGCCGCCGCGCAACGCCGCCGCCGACAACAACUGCUCCUCCUCCUUCAACGAGAGCAAGGACUCCAACGAGAUCUCCGAGGCCGAGUGCGACCAGCCCCGCAACUAUCCCGUGAGGGCCCACACUGCCAAGGACGGCAUGCACACCGAGGAAAUGAGGAAACUCAUUGACAGACCAGAAGCAACCACCCCAGUCCCCCAGCAAGCAGUCCACGGGCGGGGACUCACAGCCUACGAUACUGUGGCAGUGUAACCUGUAGACCCGCACCGACCCGGCGACUGCGCCACGCUCCACCACCCGCGCUCCAACCUCGCCGUCUCGCUGAACUAAAACUUUACGUUCUCCUUUCAAUUGCUCAUUAUUUUUC